AUGAAAUUGGAGCUGGAAGUUGAUGGAAAGGGGCUGGGUUUGAUGAAGAUGUUGGAUGAAGUGGGUGCCGUGGGUGCCGUGGGAUGGGGAGAGGGAAAAAAAGGAAAGGAGGAGAGGAGAAGAGGGAGACGGGGGAAGUGGGAGAAUUUAAAGGACGGCGUGGGACAAGCGAGAAGCGAGCGCAGGAAAUUAGACGGGCAGGCGCUGGGCAACCGCGUCCCUUAUAGGAAGGAGCCGGGCAUGGUGUGUUGUGAGGCUGCUUCCCAAAGAGGAAGACACCUCCUGGUGAAUGCGAUGCCGUCGUCAGCUUCCGCGGAAACCACGCCAGGCAACGACACACGCUGCCCAGCAACCCAGACGACAUUAUCCCAUCCACGCACAGGAUUGAUCACGACUGUUGCCAUCAAUGCAGCAGGAGCAGGGUCACUGGCUAUAUUCUCCUCCCCUCCGCCGCGGAGCCACGCCAGCGGAACCAUCUUGCAGCCCUUUCUUGGCGACGGCGGAACCCAAAAAGGACUGGCUGAUAGAUACGGUUCAGUGCUAAGAGACGGCAGUUUCCUUUCCCUAUCUAGGAGGAAGCUUGUUCCUGCCUAUGUAGUUUCACCACUUUCGACUGCAGCAUGCACUCCAUCACAUCGGGCCUUCCUUCUGAACAGCAAAACCCUCCUGUUGCAGGUGACCAUCGCUCAGGGCCAGAAGUGGCAUCAGCGAACCGGCUCUUGCCUGGGCUUGCGGACCUCAUGCCGUGAAAUGCACGAUUAUAAUCAUGUCUACUCCCCUCAAGACUGGCAUUACAACCAGGCUCCAUCCACUUGCAAUGGGUACAGUACCUGUAUGAGUGGUAGUUGCUAUGGCUUCAAUAUUAUACCCUCUAAACAGGUGUCGGGAAUCAGUGGCUUUUGGCACAACAAAUCAUUUCCUAGCCCGGUCUUCAAACGGGGGCUAGCACAAGUAGAUAGAUAG